AGCUCAAUUGCUCAUUCAUUUAUCAACCGCCCGGAUUUAGCGUUCAACUUUUCUGUGAUUCCUCCCAGGAUUAUACGAAUCCAUCCGUGCAGUUGUCAUUAGAUUUUCUCUCGGGCACCCACGAACUUCCGGAGUGGUAAAAGUCGCAUCGAGUUGUAUUGUUGUUUGUUAUCAGCUGUGCGUUCUGAAGUAAACAAGUAAUUGAAGUAAUGGUCGUUGCAACCGAUUCUUGAUUGUGCCUUGUGUUCGAGCCCGUGGUUCGUUUCGUGUUGUGUGGUAAUAAUCGAAAUUCGACUUGUCUCUCGUUGUUUGUCAGCUCAAAGUGACUCUAUGCUCUCCGUUUGUGUCAACUCUCAACUGUAGACUAUAUUCUUAUAUCUAACCUGCUGCAAUUCUCCUUGAAUCAUGGGCAGUAUAGGCAAUGAUCAACCUGCUACUGGGAAAAUCAUCGUGGUCGCCAAUAGGUUACCGUUUGUCUUGAAACGAAAUGAAGCCGGGAAACUCAUUCGGAUUGCCAGUGCUGGUGGUUUAGUCACAGCUGUUGCACCUGUGGUCGUACGCGGUAAAGGACUGUGGGUUGGAUGGCCAGGAAUUCACCUUGUAAACUUAAGUGAACCCAUUCCAGAAUCGGAUCCAGCAGAUCAAACACCUACAGCUGGUCUUUUAUCAGAAAAAGUGGUGGCUGUGCACGUAGAGCCUGCUAUUUUUGAUGCCUAUUACAAUGGUUGUUGUAAUGGCACAUUUUGGCCUCUAUUCCACUCAAUGCCGGAUAGAACUAUUUUCAGUGCGGAUAAUUGGAAAGCGUAUCAGGCAGUAAAUUUAGAAUUUGCAGAGAAAACAGUAAAUGCUUUAAGAAGGCUGAUAGAGACUGAAGAAGAAAAUGCUGGGACUCCUUUAGUCUGGUUACAUGAUUACCAUCUCAUGCUGGCAGCCAACACAAUUCGCAAUUCUGCAGAUGACCUAGGAUUAAAAUGUAAGCUUGGAUUUUUCUUACAUAUACCUUUUCCUCCGUGGGAUAUAUUUCGUCUUUUCCCAUGGGCAGAUGAAGUGCUACAAGGAAUGCUGGGAUGUGAUAUGGUAGGCUUCCAUAUUGAGGACUAUUGUCUGAACUUCGUUGAUUGCUGCCAGCGAAGAUUAGGGUGCCGUGUCGACAGGAAAGGUCUUCUUGUGGAGCAUGGAGGUCGCACAGUCAGAGUUCGACCGUUACCCAUUGGUAUACCCUACGAAAGAUUCGUCGAGUUGGCUAAGGCAGCACCACCGGUAAUCACAAACAAAGAUCAAAAAACUGUGCUAGGUGUCGACAGAUUGGAUUAUACCAAAGGAUUGGUCCACCGCCUCAAAUCUUUUGAAGUUCUCUUAGAAAAACAUCCGGAACAUAGAGAAAAGGUGGUACUGAUGCAGAUUGCUGUUCCAUCACGAACAGAUGUCAAAGAAUAUCAGGACCUGAAGGAAGAAAUGGACCAACUCGUUGGCAGAAUCAAUGGUCGAUUCACCACACCUAAUUGGUCUCCCAUAAAAUACAUUUACGGAUGUGUGUCGCAGGAUGAAUUGGCAGCUUUUUACAGGGAAGCGGCAGUAGCCUUGGUCACUCCUUUGAGAGACGGUAUGAAUUUAGUAGCAAAAGAGUUCGUUGCUUGCCAAAUCAACACACCACCUGGAGUUUUGAUUGUAUCCCCCUUUGCUGGUGCCGGAGAGAUGAUGCAUGAAGCUCUCAUUUGUAAUCCAUAUGAGAUCAAUGAAGCAGCCGAGGUCAUACACAGAGCUUUAACGAUGCCGGAAGAUGAAAGAACUUUGCGUAUGAACUCCUUGCGUAAGAGGGAAAAAGUGCAUGAUGUCGAUUAUUGGAUGAGGUCCUUUUUAAAAGGAAUGGGAACUCUCAUCUCUGAAGAUGGCGAUGAUGUUCUUCCAACAACAAUGCAGCCUGUGACUCUGGAAGACUUCGAUGAAUACCUUUCCAAAUACAUAGGAAACACCGACAAAUUGGCGCUUAUGUUGGAUUAUGAUGGUACCCUGGCCCCUAUUGCUCCUCAUCCAGAUCUUGCCAUUUUACCUCCAGAAACCAAACAUGUUCUUGAAAGGCUUUCCAAUAUGCCUGAAGUAUAUAUUUCAAUAAUCUCUGGACGGAAUGUCAAUAAUGUCAAAGCAAUGGUUGGUAUCGAAGGUUUGACAUAUGCUGGUAAUCAUGGUCUAGAAAUCCUUCAUCCAGACGGAAGCAGAUUCGUACAUCCUAUGCCUGUUGAAUUUGAAGACAAGGUCAGCGACCUGCUUAAGGUUCUUCAGGAGCAGGUUUGCAAGGAAGGUGCAUGGGUGGAAAAUAAAGGGGCUCUUUUAACUUUCCAUUAUCGGGAAACGCCAUUAGAUGUCAGACAAGAAAUGGUCGCUCAAGCAAAACUUCUCAUUGAACAAGCUGGUUUCAAGCCUGCCCAAGCUCAUUGCGCAAUCGAAGCAAAGCCGCCUGUGCAAUGGAACAAAGGAAGAGCCAGUAUAUAUAUUCUACGAACAGCUUUUGGUCUAGAUUGGUCGGAACGCAUCCGAAUCAUCUAUGCAGGUGAUGACACCACAGAUGAAGACGCCAUGGAAGCAUUGAAAGGAAUGGCUGCUACCUUCAGAGUAACGCAAUCUCAGAUCAUCCGCACCGUUGCAGAAAGGCGUUUGCCAAGUACGGACUCUGUUUUGACCAUGUUAAAAUGGGUAGAAAGACACUUCGGCAAGAGACUCCCUCGAGGAAACAGCUAUGGUAAUAAUCUUUGUAAGAAAGGCGAUGUGAUGAAAAUGGAGAUGAGCUUCAAAACAGAUGAUAUCUCUCCAACCAGUUAAAUGCUUUCCCACAAUGUUUUUUUCAUUUCUCUCUGAAAAUGAUUCCAAGAGAGAUUUAACUACUUGUAAGUUAUUGUUUAUUCUUUAAUGAUCCUCCUAGUCGAAUGGAUUCACACAAAACGUAACCAUCUGCAUUGGUUUUUCCCCCUCUUCUUUCUCUUACGGAAAAGUUAGACAUACGAUUGAUUUCCUCAGGGGAUAUGUUAUGUUUAAAAAAAUAUCUAUGUAAGUAGUUCCUUUAAUGUGUGAGACCAGUUUAUCUAUAAACUCCAUCAAUGGUGUCCUUAUGCUUGCGUAUUGUAUGUUUGGACAGACAUCAUGUAUCUUUGGAUGUGUGUUGUAAGUAAAUGUUUUGCAAGUGUAAUAUAUAUCUCUAAACCUGUAUUAAAUGCUGUUGUGCUGAGGGAGAAAGCCUUAUGAUCCUUUGAACAUUGCCAAAUUUCCCCUGAUCAAACACAAAUUUUUAGAAAAAUAAAAAACUUGUGAAUAUUUUUCUUCCAAUUUUUCAGGAAGUUUGUCUUAAAUUCGUAUCUGAAAAUUUAAAUGAGAGUUAUUUACCACUUUUUUCAAAAAUUAAUGUUUUAUCAGGGGAAUUUGGCAGUAUCGUAAAGGUCGAACAGUGUUUUUCUUUAGUCCGGCAGAAUACUUAUCAUACGAAAAUAUUUUUGAAAGUUGCCGGAAUUUAAUCAGCCACCUAGGUUUGUCCCAACAUAUCAUGUGCAAGCUAUUAGUUUUCCAAGUAUUAGAAGCCUGACUUACGGUUGUCAAAGAAUGGUAUUAAUCAUUGAUCAAUAUAGUGAUCUCCGAAUGUAUUCAAUUAAUCUUGUCGUUGAUUUCCAUCUGCGAAAAUGUCAAAGAUCGAAUUAAUGAUUUGAUUGAAGAAAAGAGAGUAUUAACUACUAGAUAGUAUUUUAGAUUUCUAAUCAAAAGCAUAAUUUAUUGUCAAGUAACCCCCCCCCCUCUUUUUUCAUGUGUCAAACUUGUUAUACAUGUAGAAUCCUACAAUUAUUUUCAUAUAAUCCAGCUCAUAGAUUUUCUGUUUUGUUUCUUGUUUUGAAAUUUGUUCUUAAUGUUUUUAUUUGAUCAGCUGUAAUAUGUUUUUUUGUCAUCAACUUCGAUUCCUUUUGCACUAAUGUUAGCUCUUGUCAAAUAGUUCAAUAGUAAUAAUGUUGGUUAUAAUUUAGGCUGUAUCACUUUUAAUUUCAGGGACCUUUGUAUUUUUUAUUUAAAAGUAGAGCCUUUGCACUUUUUUUGUUCUCAAAAAUAUCCAGUAGAAAGAGUUUUUGGCUAAUUUUUUUAAAUUAUUAUCUGAGCUUUUUCAGCUAUCUGCAGUUUAUUUCUUUGUUGUUUUUUUCUGAAGGAAUUGCACACGAUUGUUACUGUUAACCUGAUACCAGUGCAAAAGCUCUACCCAGAAAAUCAUGCUAAUUUAUUUGUCCCUCUCUGCUGUACUAAGGAAGAACUUCGCAUGAUCAUUUGGGCAUUGCCAAAUUUCCUCAAGUAAAUUACAAUUUGUUUGUACUACAAGUGAAUUUUUCUCUUAAAAUCUUUCCGGCCAUUUCUCAUGUGAUUCUGUGUAUUAUCCCUUUUCAAGGAAAAAUUUUCAUAACUUUUCACUUCAGUAAAUACAUAUUUUGUCGCAAGAAAUUUUGGGAGUCGCUGCCAUAUUUAAAAUUUCGUUUGGCGUUUUUCCUUAGCCUGGCAGCUCCAUACCCUCAAUGUGUCUCUCCUCAAUCUUGCCUUAAUCCAAUUUCUUAAGUGAUUCAGUGUAUCUGGUUAUUGUUUUUUUUUCCUGUUACCGUUUGUUGUUUUGUCUCUAUUUAUGUUUUCCUAAGCCAAACAAGAAUAAUAUUUGUCAGGGCAAAUAGUGAUAUUGUCUCAGGCAGAUACCAUUCUCCAUAUGUGUGGAAAACCCAAUGUAUACAUGCAUUUAUCAUAUUUUAAACCCAGUGUAUUAUAAAGACCUUAAUCUGCCCAAAAUUCAGUGUACAUAUUAACUGUACCAAAGAUUUUUAAUAUCACUUGUAAUUUCAUGGUAUUAUUUCACCCUAUGCACUUAAGUGGUGAAUUUCUCUGAUCCAGCAUAAUUUGUUUUUCCUGAACAGUGCUCAAAGAGCAAAUUGAAUUAAGUUCCUCUAAAAUAGAGCUUAUUUUGUUUCCCAAGCUUAAAUUCCAGUGGACCACUUUUUAACUUGCCUGGUAAAAUCUUAAACUCCAAAAUUUCCCAGUGAGCAGUUUAAAUCAAUACGCUGUUAAAAAAUCAUCGUUAUCCUCGCUCAUCGCAAAAAAAAAUGAAUUAUUUAAUUUUCCAUGUACCUAUCGAAGAAGCUUCACUUAUUGCAAUAUUUAAAUGAGGCAAAUGCUGCUGUAAUUCUUAUAAUAGCAUAUGUGUGUCUGUCAAAAAAGUUCUUUUCCUCCAUUUUCCAGGUUACCAUGACUUUUAAAAUAGAAUUUUUACCUGUUUUAAGUGCCAUAAUGUUCACCAUUGUUUUGUGGAAUUACAUCGUUCACUCAUGACACUUUUGUUCUUAAAUAUGUAGCCAUUGGCAGGAAAAAAGUUGUAUGUUCUCCUCUCUCUCUUGGUGGAAGUCUUAUACACCACUUGAUCCAAUGUUUUCAGAAAGGUACAAGUGAGUUAUGAUAAUAGGGAGGGCUCUCACACCUGAGUGCAAGAUCAAUCGCUCACUGUAAGAUUGAAGGCAUUUUAUGUGCAAAUAAAAUUUAAUACUUAUGAAUACCAUGUAGCAGUUUUUGGGAUAGGAGAUGGAGAAUAACAGGCGAUUUUAGCAAAAUUGAUUUUACUCACAAGCUCCAUGGCUGAUUUUCAAAUGUCGUCCUUGUUGGAUGUAAGAACAAUGAUCAUUGUGAACCCUCUAAAAUUUGCUCAGAGCUUCAAAAAGAUGUUCAAACCCAAUUGAUGUGCCCCUCUCAGUUCAUCAGAACCUAUCAUGAGAGUGCAUCUUAAAGCAAGAAUAUAGUCUCUUGGAAAAAUAUUACUACUUUUUUAGUAAAAUCAAACUUUGAAGCUAAAUUAACCUGUCCAUUACCUAUUUGCAAAACGUUCUGCUCUCCUCAUUUACCUCUGAAGAGUGACAUUUCACCACACAAAACCGGUAAUUUUAGCUAGUCGUCCAACUUAAUUUAUCUGUGAUUUAUGUUUUAUACUUUAAUUUGUUAUUUUUUUUCUUUCUCUCUCUCUCUCUAUCUCUCUUUUUUUAUUAUUAUUUCGUCUAUAAAUUGAACCUAACGGUAUACUUUUCUGUCGAAUAUUUGAGUUGUUAAUUUUUAAUUCUCUUUGAUGCAGGCCUCUCUGCCUCCUAAAAUUAAAGUUUCUAGAAUUGCAAGUACAUUUAAAGAAAACAUUUCCAACCAGCUUUUCAUCAAAUUUUUGCUCCUCUAUUUUUAACAGGUAACUCCUGUAUUUUCCUUUUGAAUAUGAAAAAUGAACAAUGCACACUAUUUGGUCGCACUGAAAGAUGAUCAAAUCAUAACGAAAAGGAAUUGAUCUUUAAUGGCACUUAGCUCUAGACUAAACUGUUAAGUUUAUCAUUUAAAAAGAAUAUUCUAGCAUUACCAUACUUCAAAAGGCUGAAAGAACUUACUUAAUCGUGAACCACUUACUCGUAAUUACUGAAUGCCAGGCUCAACUGCAUUUGUUGACAACAUAUUUGAAAUUUCAGCUCAAAAUCACCAUGUAAAACCUCUCAGUUUUGCAAAGUCUUUUGGAAAUCAUUAGGGUCAGCUCCUGCUCUUAUCUAUGAUCCAGCAAAAAAGCGUGAAGACAUCGAGUCGUAUCAAGUUUCAUCAGAUAGUUAAUUGGCACCUAGAUAAAUACAUUUUGUGACAUGAAAGAGGUAAAAAGUCCGUUUAAAAAUUGUAAUUUUUGAGACUAUUUUGAACACAGGCCAACUUUAUAUAACCUAGAGAGCGUAUGAUUAAAGUAUCAAUUUUGGCUCUCCGCAAAUUGAAUUUGGGAGAAUCCCUGUACUUUCCUUGAAAUCUCUAUUUUUAGCACCUAAUACUAUUUCAUAUGGGAAGAAGUAUUUUUAUACUCCAUAACAAAUGUAACAAGGUACAAAUCAAAUAAUUUCGUUUAAUGCCCAGUCAUCCUUCUCUCAAUUUUUGUGCAGGAACACUAUUUCUUCAAUGUGCCUUAAUCAAGGUGACCAUCAUUCUUGAAUCCUUUUUCUUAAUGAAUACCCCUAAGGAGAAAUUCAGGGAAAAUGCCAUUUUUUUAAUUAAACGAAACAACACUGGAGUGAAAUAAUUUUGCACAAGAUAUCUUUAUCGAAGGAGUUGUGCAAACCUUGAAUUUAAAAUCUCAUGCGGGGCCAAACAUUUGAAGAGGUUCCUAACCCGAAUUAGCGAAGGAAAUUCUUACAGUAACUUCAGUCAAUUACAACUAUCAUCUUUUUUCUUCAAAUAUAUCCUCAAUAAUCAAAAGUUUUUACUUCCAAAAACUGAUUUAGCAUUAUGUAGACAUUUUUAUAAGGAAGUGGAAGCUUGAAAAGGGUUCCAUUACACCAAGACCCUGCAAAAUUAGAGCUUUUUUUUUUUUUAAAUGAAAGAUACACAGGUUGUACAUGAACUGUCCAAACUCCUCGAAUCGAUUGCUACAGUUAGCAGAAUGGCAGAAUAGAAGGGGUUCCAGGUUCCUACAACACGCAUGCACACAAGCAAACAACACAGUGGGUGUGUUCGUGACUCUAUUAUGAACCCUCCUCAUCUAAUCAAGGAAACAUACUGUCCAAACUGUAAAUUUGAAUUAUAUGUGUAGUCAUUGCAUCCUAGUCUUAAAAUGGCUCUUCAGUUAUUCUGAGAACGAUUCAAUACUCAAUCAAUCAGAUGAUAAUUUCUUGAUUUUAUGUUCGAAAGGCAGAAGGAUAUUGCGAUAUGCACUCGGACUGUAAAUCGGAGUUAAUAUUUAAGUGUCUCUGAGUCAAAUUUUGUACACUAAUACCCGAUUUACUACAUUAGGAUGCAACGCUCUGCAAUUUUCCAGAAAUUUCAUGAAAUCCAGAAAUUAUUAAGUGAUAGAUCGACCAUCGAAUCGCUUUCCGUAGUGCUGAAGAACCAUCAUUUCAACUAGUCACUGAUAUCAUAUUAAUGAGCAUUACAGUCUUGAAAAGCAAAUUUUAUUUUCAUUGCAAUGCUUUUUUCCCUGAAAUUCUGUUUGGAAAUCCCCACCAUUGCCUCUUACUUUUGCAAGGUUGAGGCAAAAUAAUUUUGGACUAUUUGUCCCAGAUUUAAAUACCCCAAUCUUGUAAUAGAAUUAGGUUGUUAGUGUAAUUAUUAAUUUAAGAAACCAAGACAGUUUUCUUUUGUGAGGAAAAAGUAGGUGGCGAUAACUGCUAGCUCUAUCCUCAUCGGCCAAAA